UUGGUCUUUAUCAUAUACUCGUAGGUAAUUAGUAAGUACAUAUAGAUGGUGUGUACGUAAUUCCAUGCAGCGCGCAACACAUCCAUCGAUCCAUCCAUCACUACUUAUAAUUUUAAUUACUCGUAUAUAUUAAUUAAUUAAUUAACUUCGAUCAGGAUUCGAUGGGCUGCAUUUGCUCUACUACUAGUGGUACUGGCCGGCAUAAUACUAGUACUACUACUCCGCCUCCAACUGGCUACGAGGAUCCCACUCUUCUUGCCAAUGAAACCCCAUUCACCGUAAGUGAAGUGGAGGCUUUGUAUGAGCUUUUUAAAAAACUGAGCAGCUCCAUCAUUGACGAUGGCCUCAUUCAUAAGGAAGAAUUCCAGCUUGCUCUGUUCAGGGAUCAAAACAAGCAAAACCUCUUCGCAGAUAGGAUAUUUGAUCUCUUUGAUAUAAAGCGCAACGGGGUGAUAGAAUUUGGAGAGUUUGUUAGGUCAUUAGGUGUUUUUCACCCGAACGCCCUUGUAGAAGAUAAAAUCAAAUUUGCGUUCAGGCUAUAUGAUCUCAGACAUACCGGAUUUAUUGAAAGAGAGGAGUUAAAGGAGAUGGUGGUUGCACUCUUACAUGAGUCGGAAUUGAUUAUCUCUGAAGAACUAAUCGAAGUGAUUGUAGAUAAAACAUUCAUAGACACAGAUACUAAAGGGGAUGGAAAGAUAGACCAAGAGGAGUGGAAGCAAUGUGUAGCAAAGAAUCCUUCCCUCAUAAAGAACAUGACCCUUCCAUACUUGAUGGAUAUAACCUUGGGAUGGUUUCCGAGUUUCGUUGUGACAUCUGAAGCUGAUGAUCAAGACUAGCCUUAGAAAUAUACACCUAAUUAUGGUCUCUUUGGUUCUCUAAGGAAAAUUACAUACGCGUAUGGCACAUUAAGGAAGAAUGUUACGGGUCAUCUAUAACAAAUAUUAUAUGGAGCGAGCCACUCGAUCUUUUAAGUAUGUGUGUGUGUAUAUAUAUAUUUAAAUGUUUUGUAUAGAUAACUACUUAUACAUGCUCUAUGUAACAUGU